GGUCACACUAAUUCAAGUUCACCUCAAACAUCUGUUUUUGUGGUGAACACAACCGUUGUUCUCGUAACAUUUGAUUUGGAUAAGAAUCAGGAAUAUAAUGAAUAAAAUCACGAGUGCCUUUAUUAGAGUACUGCGGCAGAACAGUUCUUCCGGCAAUACCAACACCCUCCUGGGCCGACAGCUCUCCUACAAAAGUGAUUUAUCCCUGGAUAAGAUUUAUCCAAAUGCGCGCUUGCAGCUCUACACGCCUCCUCCGCCGUCCAGUGGCACUGGCAACAAGUUCAGCGGCUUUAUUCCCAUGGACAGACUUGAGAUUACCUACAGCCGGAGCUCUGGACCCGGCGGCCAACACGUGAAUACAGUAAACACCAAGGUUGAUGUUCGGUUUAAGGUGGCACAGGCAGACUGGAUACCCGAAGAGACGCGCCAAAAGCUGCUCAAGGUUCUGGCUAAUCGUAUCACUAAAGACGGUUACUUCUACAUCAAGAGCGAUCUCACGCGCUCCCAACAAAUGAACCUGGCCGAUGCAUUGGAAAAGCUGCGCACCAUUAUUCGUUCCCAAGAGGCUGUGGAAGCUGCGCCGCCUAGCGAGGAGACGCUUGAGAAGCUACGCCGACGGCAAGAGCGAGCCGCACGCGAACGUCUCCAACUGAAACGAGGUCGCGCCCAGGUCAAAGCGGAUCGUCAAGGACCCGGUGGAAUAGACUUUUAGUUAUUGUUGGAAAUUGUUGCACACAGAUUAACAUUACACAUAUACACGUAA